CGUUCCCGCCGUUCCGUUCGCGUUUACUUAUCUCUCCGAAGUUUCUUCGCUCUUUUCACCCACGUCCAAACAGGAGCUGGCUUCGUGAUUCUUGUGGGAGUUACAACAGGUCCAUCCUCUCUAAGCCUCAAAGAAAACCUAGAAUUCAGAAAAAAUGGCAGAUGAAGACUGGGACGAUGAAGUUGGAACAUCGAGUGCUCCUUCGUUUUUCCCAAACAAAAAUAUAAUGGACAACUUUGGCAAGAAAGAAGAUUUCAAAAGCAAUACGUUUACUGCAGGAGGAUUUUCAUCCUAUGGACAGCCUUUUAAACCACAGGGAGCCGCAUUUCAUCGGAUGCAGUCAUAUAAUGACGGCUGGUGUACUUCAGUUGCGCAGCAGCAGCACCAAGAUGGUAAUGAAAAUAGUUCCUGGAACAAUAACAAUGAAAAAAGUAGUGGCUUUGGAAGAAGAGGUGGCUUUGGGAAUCAAAGAGGCGCUGACUAUCAAAAUGGGGGAGGCAGUUUUGGAAACCGUGGUGGAGGAUUCAGGGGUGGUUCUUCCUUUGAAUCGGGCGGUGGACGAGGCAGAGAAGGCGGCCGUGGGUUUGGAAGAGGGAGAGGAGGAUUCCGGCAGGAUAAUGGAGACAAUGAUUUUGGCAGCUCUGGUGGGUUUGGAGGCAGAAGAGGAGGAUUUGGAAGUCGUUCAGGUGAUGACAGUGGUGAAGGAGGAGGACGAGGAAGAUUUGGCCGGGGAGGAUCUCGAGGAGGUUAUAAAGGAAGGGAUGAAGAAGUACUUUCUUCAGAAAAAGCACCUUAUAGGUCUGAUAGAGAGGAUGAAGGUGGUGAAAAUGCAGGUCCCAAGGUAAUUUAUGUACCACCUCCACCUCCGGAAGAAGAAGAUACGAUUUUUGCUCAUUACGAGACAGGAAUCAACUUUAACAAAUAUGAUGAUAUCCUAGUGGAUGUAUCUGGAAAUGCUCCACUGGCAAUAAUGACUUUUGACGAGGCUGGACUAUGUGACACUUUAAACAAGAAUAUCAGUAAAUCGGGGUAUGUCAAGCCCACUCCAGUUCAGAAGCAUGGCAUUCCGAUAGUUUUAGGAGGCUGUGACGUAAUGGCAUGUGCGCAGACAGGAUCUGGAAAAACUGCAGCAUUUCUGUUGCCGAUCUUGCAACAAUUGAUGAAGGAUGGAGUUGCUGCUAGUAAGUUCAGUGAACUACAGGAGCCUGAAGCAAUAAUCGUAGCUCCAACAAGAGAGCUAAUAAACCAGAUCUACUUGGAGGCUAGGAAAUUUGCGUAUGGAACCUGUGUGAGGCCUGUUGUAGUGUAUGGCGGGAUAAGUACUGGGUACACAAUACGGGAAGUUUUGAAAGGAUGCAACGUAUUGUGUGGAACUCCAGGAAGACUCAUGGAUAUCAUUGGUAGAGGAAAGGUCGGACUAAGCAAACUAAGGUACCUUGUACUGGAUGAAGCAGAUCGGAUGUUGGAUAUGGGAUUUGAGCCAGAAAUGCGCAGGCUGGUAGCAUCUCCUGGCAUGCCUCCAAAGGAAGAACGGCAGACUCUUUUGUUUAGUGCCACUUACCCAGAGGAUAUUCAGAAGCUAGCUGCAGACUUUUUAAAGCCUGGCUACAUAUUCCUUGCGGUUGGUCAAGUAGGAGGUGCUUGUAGUGAUGUGGAGCAAAAUGUGCUGCAAGUUACUCAAUAUUCAAAGAGAGACAAGCUGGUUGAAAUGCUUCAGACUACAAGCACGGAACGCACAAUGGUUUUUGUUGAAACUAAAAGAAAAGCAGACUUCAUUGCAACUUUCCUCUGUCAAGAAAAAAUCCCAACCACAAGUAUUCACGGGGAUCGAGAACAGAGGGAAAGGGAGCAAGCACUUGGAGAUUUCCGCACGGGGAAGUGUCCUGUUCUGGUUGCAACCUCUGUGGCUGCUCGGGGGCUGGAUAUUGAGCAUGUGCAGCAUGUUGUAAACUUUGACCUCCCCUCUUCCAUUGACGAAUACGUCCACCGUAUUGGUCGCACAGGGCGCUGUGGAAACAUUGGCAAAGCAAUAUCCUUCUUCGACCCAGAAUCUGAUACUCCUAUAGCUCGUUCCCUGGUGAAGGUUCUUUCUGAUGCUAAACAGGAAGUUCCUGCUUGGCUGGAGGAAGUAGCAUUCAGUGCUCAUGGGACUACUGGCUUCAAUCCAAGAGGAAAUGUGUUUGCAUCAGUGGACUCCCGUAAAGGCCCUGGUGGGAAUAGAAGCUUUGGAAAUCGGGAGUCAAGCCAACCAGCAAUCGCUGUGGACGAAGACGCUUGGGAGUGAUUUCCUGUACAAGAACACAACUCUUAUUGGAGCAUGACACUUAUUUGAGAGAAGUGUAUUGAAAUGAAUGGUUUUGUUUCUCUUGUUAAUAUAUAAAGAGCAUUGUGUUUUAAAGUGCUGCUGUACUUUAAGUUAGUUCUGUUGUAAUGAAAGUUGGCACUUAUCACUAUUUUGUUUUGUAGAUGUGCAAGUUCUAUGUUGGAUUUAAGUUUCAACUUUAUGUAAAAUUUCAUAAACUGGUAUGCAUAUUCAAAAAUGGGAGCAUCACAUGUGUGUGUUUUUACCAUUGCGUAUGUCAACACAGUAACUGAAUUGCAUUUUUUUUGGGGGGGGGGGGGUCCAACCUAGUUUUAGGGUUUUCCCAUUUUAAAUUAGAAGGGUAAAAAUAACUAAAAACAAAUGUGUAUGCUGGGCAUUUUAUAUAAUUUACUUCUAUUUUCAUUUUUUCUCUUUGCAAAAUUGAGUUUGGGAUGCCAGUGUUUUAAGGGCUGGUCGGCACACAUUUAACUGAUUUGCUUUUAUAGUGUGAUCCACUUGUGUUGAGCAGUAAGUGUUUGUGUGUGUGUAUAUAUACUCCAAGCAGUUAUUUCGAUCAUGUCAUGGUUGAUAUGUUAAUUGUUUGAGUCUUCUUCAAAUGCCAUGUCUGCCUUUUGUAACUUGUCUUUAGUUUGUGUUGCUUAGCAGUGGUUUCAACCACAUAUGACCUAACUGCAACUGAAAUAGUUUAGCUUACAUUUCAUGAAAAGAUCUGUUGAUGUACAGAAAUGAAUGUACAAACUAAAAUUAAAGUAAGCAUUCAUUA